AUGAGAGAACAGCUCCUAGCUGAGCUAGGGGCGAAAGACCACAAGCAGGCCCUCUUACCUGCGUCCUCGCCUUUCUCGAGAUGGGUACAACAGGAGACCAUCCCCAAGAAGUUCAUGAUGCCACCUAUGGCAGCAUAUGACGGAGCUGGAAACCUAAGAGAGCAUGUCCUCAACUACAAAACCUUUAUGGAGCUGCAGACCUUAUCGGAUGCCUUGAUGUGCAAGGUAUUCCCCACGACGCUCACAGGGCCAGCACUGGCGUGGUUCAAUAGCCUAGAAGCAGGAAGCAUCAGGAGUUUUGGGGAUUUGGCCAAUGUCUUCAUCAGCCGAUUCAUAGCCAGAGUGCCGGCUGACAGAAAAACCAGCUACUUGGAAAUAGUCAAGCAGAGGAGAAAUGAAUCGUUGAGGGAGUACGUAGCCCAUUUUAACACGGAGGCUCUGCAGAUCCCUGAACUGGAUGAAAGCAGAGCUGUAGAAGCCAUGCCAAAAGGGAUGACCUCCCUAGAGUUCUUCAGCUCAUUGAGCAGGAAACCCCCUACUUCGCUGGCGGAACUGAUGAAGAGGGCUGAAAAGUACAUAAGACAGGAUGAAGCCUUGAUGACGAGCAGGUUCUCCAAAGAAGCAGCUGAUAGGGGAAAAGCCCCAGAAGAAAGGAGGUCGGAAAGGCUGGAGAAAAAGCAAAGCAAAAGGCUUGAGACCUACAGACAAUCCUGGGACCGAAGGGACCAAAGACCAUUCCCCCCUCGGGUUCCAGAGCAAAGACCAUUCCCCUCGCGAGUUCCAGAGACCCUGACCCCACUCCACGCCUCCAGAGCCGAAGUGCUCAUGGCAGUCCAAAACAAGGAAUUCCUCCAAUGGCCGAAACCCAUGAGGGCUGAAGCAAGCCAGAGACAUUCGAACAAAUACUGUUAG